AUGCAUUUCCAGAAAAUUUCGACUCUGGUCUCCAUUUUUUUUUAUUCAUUCAUUUUAUUCCUUCCAAAUACAUCUAUAUCUUCACCAAUUUUACCGAGAGACGCUCAAACGGGUAGUGAAAAAGUUUUUAAUCUUACUAUCAGUAAAGGAAGCUUUGCACCUGAUGGUUUCAGUCGAGAUAUUUAUCUCAUAAAUGGUCAAUUUCCUGGUCCUUCAAUCGAGUGUAAUAAAGGUGACACGUUAGUUAUAAAUGUCAACAAUCAAUUAAAUGAAGAUACUACAAUUCAUUCCCAUGGAAUCUUCCAACGCGGGACUCCUUGGUACGAUGGCGUUCCUGGACAAACUCAAUGUGGAAUUCCAUCAGGAGGAUCAUUCACCUACACAUUUGCUGUGAAUCAAAGUGGGACAUACUGGUAUCAUUCACAUUCAAGAGGUCAAUAUAUCGAAGGAUUGGUUGGACCUCUUAUAGUUCAUGAUCCUGCUGAUCCUUAUACAAAGGAUUACGAUAAAGAAAUAACCGUAUUGUUACAGGAUUGGUACCAUACUGAUUCUCCAACUUUAUUGGCUAGUUUCUUGACUCCUGCAAGUCAAGGAAAUGAACCAUCUCCUGAUAACGGAUUGAUUAAUGGAAAAAAUUCUUAUAACUGUUCAUCGGCGCCAGCUGGUAGCAAUUGCGUUAAUAAUGCAUCAUUAUCACAGUUUAAUUUCGUCUCUGGUAAAAAAUAUAGAAUUAGAAUCAUUAAUACCUCAGCAUUUUCUGCCUUCAUUUUCUCGAUCGAUGAUCAUCCUAUGGAUGUAAUUGAAGUUGAAGGAAUGAUGACCCAGCGUUACACAGUCCAUCGCCUCCCUAUUAAUAUCGCGCAGCGUUAUUCGGUUAUUGUAACGGCAGAUAAACCCGUAAAAUCGUAUUGGAUGCGUGCAGAAAUGGAAACUGCAUGUUAUGCUGUUGUGUCACCCAGUCUCAAUCCUCUAGUAAAAGCCAUUGUUACAUAUAAUGGCAGUACUGAUCAGAGUCCAUCAUCAACUGCUUGGACUGACAAAGUUAAAAAUUGUACGGAUUUGGAUGCUUCAAAUCUAAAGCCUUAUAACCCUCAAAAAGUUCCUCAAGCAGACCUUAACUUUACUGUACAGGUUCUUUUCCAACCAGAUAGUAAUAAUGUCACAUUGGGAUAUAUAAACAAUUCAACUUAUAAGAUAGACACAAAUAAUCCUACAAUUAUGAAGGUCUAUAAUGGUGUGACGCAAUUUGCCGCUGAUCAAAACGUUUUCUUGGUUGAAAAAAAUUCAGUUGUGGAUAUUAUUUUAAUAAACCUAGACACUGGCGAACAUCCUUUCCACUUGCACGGUCAUGUGUUUUGGCUCCUUGGCUCGGGUGUCAAUGGCACCAAACCAGAUAAAAAUAAAUUAAACGCCAAUGAUCCUAUACAGCGGGAUACCACGACUGUUCCUGCUGGAGGAUGGGCCGUUCUCCGAUUUGUAUCGGAUAACCCUGGUGUAUGGGGAUUCCAUUGUCAUAUUGAGUGGCAUGUUCAAUCUGGUUUGGUUUCUCAAUUCGUUGCGCAACCGGAUCAAAUUAAGACAUUAAACUCACCUGCCGACUGGAAAGCAUUGUGUCCUAGUACAUAA